AUGAUGACAUCCAAAGAAGUGGCCAAAUGUGAUGCAGUGGAAAACAGGAGGCGAAGUCCGCUGGACCACUUGCCGCCUCCUGCCAACUCCAACAAGCCGCUGACUCCCUUCAGCAUCGAGGACAUCCUCAACAAACCGUCUGUGAAACGAAGUUACACAAUUUGCGGCACAGCGCAUCUCAUCUCGUCCUCUGAGAAGCACCGUCCGUCCAGCAUCCCUCUGUCCAGCCGGGCUCUCCUCAACCAAACCUCCCCGCUCUGCGCGCUGGAGGAGCUGGCCAGCAAGACCUUCAAGGGGCUGGAAGUCAGCGUUUUACAGGCUGCCGAAGGCCGGGACGGGAUGACUCUGUUCGGCCAGAGGAGCACCCCGAAGAAGCGUCGGAAGUCUCGGACGGCGUUCACCAAUCACCAAAUCUACGAGCUGGAAAAGCGCUUCUUGUACCAGAAGUACCUGUCCCCGGCCGACCGGGACCAGAUCGCGCAGCAGCUGGGCCUGACUAACGCGCAGGUCAUCACGUGGUUUCAGAACCGGAGGGCCAAGCUAAAACGGGACCUGGAGGAGAUGAAGGCCGACGUGGAGUCGGCCAAGGCCAUCGGCCAGGUCCCCUUGGACAAGCUCGCCAAGCUGGCGGACCUGGAGAAAUGCGCCAACGGCACGCUGGGCCACCCGCGUGCCGAUUCCCCCGCGCGGGGCGGCCAGCAGGAGCUCGAGCUCGCUCAGAAACUGCGGAACUCGCCGCUGUCUCCGUUCUCAGACCACACAACUAGUAAAGAGUGCUCAGAGGACGAGGACGUGGAGAUUGAUGUGGAUGACUGA